AUGGCACCACGCUCGAAACGCCCACGCACCGCUACCCCUGAAGACGAAGAGGGGGAGGAAGUCGAAGAACGCCAGCAAGGGGCAUCCCACCUUGUCUCCUUCCUCACCGGAUUCGCCGACCACCACGUCGAUGACGAGCUGCCUCCCCUGCUCGACAACAAUGGCGACGCCAUCGACGACUUUUCAGCCUCGGACGAUGACGAGGAACCGGAAGAAGAGUUUGAAGAGGCCGAAGUCGACCCGGAUGAUGACGGGGUGCAUACGCCGAGUAGGAAGACGGGUUUGGUGGGUGUAGCGACGCCCAGCCGGUCGACGAGGGGUACACCAAAGAAACGGAAAGCCCCCGGUUCUGCUACACCGCGCAAAACGCCCAAGCAACCUGCCAAUGGCGAAGAGACGGCAGACGAGGGGAUCAUUCGAAAGAGCACGGCCGACGCAUACUUUACUCUGAUGAAGGCUUCGCGGACGUCUGGCAACAGCUACUCUCUUCUCGCCGACCCGCUCUCCACCAGGGCGUACGAAAAGUAUAUUGCCGAGUCGUCUGCGGUGCGUGGGCGUAUCAGCCCACCAGAGAAACACCGAGGCCGAUUCCGUACAUGGUCGAAAGAGCUUGAAGCGGGCUUCAACCUGCUCUUCUACGGUUUUGGCUCUAAACGCCCUACGCUGAAUCUGUUUGCUCAAGAAGAGCUGGCCAAAAAGGGGCAUGUGGUGGUCAUCAAUGGUACAUUCCCUGGCUUGGGCGUGAGGGAUAUCAUGAGCGAGAUUGAAGAUCGACUGGGGGUACCGCAGGCCAUCUCUGUCCCGCCCUCCUGCUCGACACCACUCGAGCGCGCUGCUCAUCGCAUAUACGCCCACUUUCUGCCUCCUUCUGCCAUCUCUGACCCGUCAGAGUGGCCCGCCGCCAACGCCCCGCUGUAUCUCGUGAUCCACAACAUUGACGCCCCAGCGCUGCGUUCUCCCAAAUCGCUCGCCAUCCUCUCCCUCCUCGCUUCGUGUCCCCGUAUCCACCUCAUCGCGUCCUACGACCACGUCCAUACCCCCCUUAUUUUCUCGUCUUCCCUCUCCAACACCCCGCCGCAUGAUUACACCCCCGGAAGCUGGUCUGGCACCCCUCUGUCGAGCCGCGGGUUUUACUGGGUCAACCACAGUCUGACCACUUAUGCGCCUUACGACCUCGAACUCUGCUACCUCCGCAUGUCUGCGCAGACCCUCACGCCAUCCACUUCCGGCCCCGCCGGCGGCGUCUCUGAAGAAGGUACCCUCCAAAUCCUGAAAUCAGUCCCGCACCUCUCUGCCCGCCUGCUCAAGCUCAUUUUCACCCUGCAGCUCUCCCGCCUGCCCGCCAACUCGAAAUGGCACGUCGCCUACCCCGCUUCGUCAUCAGCCCCGCCUUUUGCGGUAGAUGGUAAUCUGCUGAAAAAGCAGGCGAAAGACAAGUGGAUAGCGGGGGAGGGUGAGCGGUUUGAGGCGUUCUUGGGCGAGUAUAGGGAUCAUGGGUUGGUUGUAGAAGCGGCGCAGGCGCGGGGUGGUGAGGAUGGAGAGGAAGAAGGAAGAGAGGGGAGAUGGUUGUGGGUGCCGCUGGGCAAGGCGGCAGUGGAGAGAGUGCUGGAGAGUAUGGUCGGGGUGGACUAG